GGGAGCCGGUGCGGCUACCAGUGUACGGUUGGAGGCGGAGGGUUGAGUACCGGGGCCCAUCGAUCUGCUCGAGCAGCAAGUUAGCUUGUGCACUGUUGCAGGAGCAGAUCAACCUUGCCGUGAAAAUGAAAGCCUGUGUGAUUUUUGCGCUCGCCGUUCACAUGGCGAGCGCCGUCAGUUUUUUCUCUCUGGGCUCCAAUUUUCACAGCCUUAACAGCCUGAGGUCUUUCGAAGAGUGGGAGUCGUUCAAGCAGGAGCAUGGCAAGUCGUAUGGAUCCCCGGAGGAGGAGAACCUGCGCUUCUCCAUCUUCCACUCCAACAAGAAGAUGAUCGACGAGCACAACGAGCGUCAUCGGCGCGGCGAGCACAGCUUCUCGCUGAAGAUUAACCAGUUCGCUGACCUGCUGGGGGAAGAGUUCGUGGCCACGAUGAACGGGUACCAGCAGCACAAGAAGGUGCACGGCCAGGGCGCCACCCACCUGCGGCUGGCAUCCGAGAUCCAGCUGCCGGACAGCAUGGACUGGCGCACCAAGGGCGCCGUCACACCCGUCAAGGACCAGGGUCAAUGCGGCUCGUGUUGGGCCUUCUCGUCGACGGGGUCGCUGGAGGGUCAGCACUUCCGCAAGACCGGCCAGCUGGUGUCCCUGAGCGAGCAGAAUCUGGUGGACUGCAGCACCUCGUUCGGCAACGACGGCUGCGACGGUGGCCUCAUGGACGACGCAUUCAAGUACGUCAAAGCCAACGGCGGGAUCGACACGGAGGCGUCGUACCCGUACCAGGGGGAGGACGAGCCUUGCCGCUUCAACAAGGCGGAUGUGGGCGCCACCGACGUCGGCUACAUGGACGUGCCGGCCGGCGAUGAGGACGCUCUGAAGGAGGCCGUGGCCGUGCACGGGCCCGUCUCCAUCGCCAUCGACGCCAGCCAGUCGUCCUUCCAGUUCUACCACAACGGCAUCUACGACGAUCCGAAUUGCUCCAGCACGCAGCUGGACCACGGCGUGCUGGCCGUUGGCUACGGCACGGACGACCAGGGCCGCGACUUCUGGCUCGUGAAGAACAGCUGGUCGCCCAGUUGGGGAAACAAGGGAUACAUCAAGAUCGCCCGCAACGAGAACAACGUCUGCGGUGUGGCGACCAGUGCCAGCCUGCCCCUUGUGUAAUCACGACAUCCAAUCGGCCGAAUUUCAGGCUCGCUUUAUGUCGAAUGUGAGAGUGAUUUGGUAGUCACUUGAGGGGUGUUAGUUUAUUUGUGAAUCACUAGUUCAUGACCAGCACCUCCGCUGGAGUGCAGUCCACAUUUUCAUUUCCGCUCGCAUCGAAAAUGUUGCACGUAUAUUAGGUGCGGUGUGAAAACAUGAAGCCAUGCACGCAACCAAUCUGUGCUCUUCCGGUACAUGGCUGGCUAUACGAGGAUAGGCUUUGUCUCGGGAUUUUCGAAUAUGUUGUAGCGACUCUUGUGAUGUUUACGUGCGACAUUAAUACACGUGCCAAACGAUA